AUGAUUUCAUCAGCAGCAUGCGCAGCUCGAUACGGCUACGCUUUAGCUCAAGAUCGACAAGCUCUUCCGCCACAUAUGAGAGCCUUGGUAGGCCGCGAAGUUCUAUCAGACAGCCGUGAUUACUCUUCAUCGGUUGAAUCCUCCGGCGCCUCGGAUUUUCAUUUCUCCGAUUUCACAACCAUUCAACCAAGACAUUUUGAGGAACCAAGUUUAGAAAGAUCUUUUGAGAAAUCAUUUGAAGAUAAUGAAAAGUCCGCGGAGUUCGAAGCAUUUCCAAAGAAGAAGAAUUUCUUGAAGCCAGAAAAGAAAAAGAUCUCUUGCCCAAUGCUGAACCCAUGGCACGACGCUGUUGCUCACCCAGACAGCGAUCCUGAGUGCGGACAUGGAAUGCCUGGUUGGCGAGCUCAUCCCUCGUGUCGUUGCCACUUUUUGGUGAAAGAUCGCGAUGAGUUCGGCUGUGCUCUCAAGUUUUUCACGCGCUGUAAACUCGACAACUUUGCCGUCUUUGAAACGGAAGUGACAACAGAAAAACCGUGGACAACAAAGCGACAAUUCUCGACGUUGACGUUUAGGCCGAGCACUCGUGCACGGCCAUCAACGACAACGCAAAGAAUUGUCACAACAAAGCCACUUCUGAGAACAACAAAGCUGACUACGACAAAGAGACCAACAACCACAAGAAGAACUACAACACCAAGACCAACUACGACAACUCAAGCACAGCAUUUUGAAGAGGAAUUUGAUGAUGAAGAUGAUAGUCAUGAUGAGACUGGACCGGGUUUUGAUUACAUUAUGGGUACACGAAUUGUUCCUGAUGAGGAAAAAGAGGGAAAAGUUGAGGUGUCACUUCCGGAGGAGUUUGGGGGGAAAAACGACGACGAGGACGAGGAAGAGCCCCAAUUUCUCAUCGGUCGACGAAUUCGGCUUCACAAA